UCAACGCUGUUCUCUUCGUCUACACAGCACCACACCUGAGUGGUAAGGUAGAAUGGCUACGAGUGGAGUCAAUGACGCACAGCACAACCCGGCUCAUGACCCGGAUUUGGAUACUCCGGAUAACCCGGAUCACGAGUUGGCUCAGUUCGGAGCGGGUUGCUUCUGGGGUGUGGAGUUGGAUUUUCAGAGAGUUGAGGGAGUGGUCAAAACUGAGGUUGGAUAUUCGCAGGGUCGCACUCCUGAUCCCAACUACAAGCUGGUCUGCACCGGAACCACAAACCAUGUUGAAGUGGUUCGGGUUCAGUUCGACCCGAAACUUUGCCCCUACGCAAACCUCCUCGCUCUCUUUUGGUCUCGACAUAACCCCACUACCAUCAACCGCCAGGGGCAUGAUGUGGGAACACAGUAUAGAUCAGGAAUAUACUACUACAAUGAAACACAGGGUCGUUUAGCUCAAGAAUCGAAAGAAGCUAAGCAGUUGGGGUUGAAGGAGAAGAUUGUGACAGAAAUACUUCCAGCAAAGAGGUUUUACAGAGCAGAGGAAUAUCAUCAACAGUAUCUCGAGAAGGGUGGAGGUCAAGGCAACAAACAGUCUGCUGAAAAGGGGUGCACUGAUCCCAUCAGGUGCUAUGGCUGAUGUCGUGACUUGAUCCACACUUCACACCAUGUCCUGCUUCUAUCACCCAUCAUCGUGAAUGCUAAUAAAUUAAUAUUGUCAAAAAUAAAAUGUCAUGGUGUUUGUACCAAGUGAUUAGGUUUAAUCUGGACUCCUGUUGAAUCCGUGUUUCUUGAAUUCUAGUUCGAUCAAUUGGUAUCUAGAUAAAGGGAAAUGAUAAAAUCAAUAUAAUAAAUAUCUCUU